AUGUCUCAUCCCCAGUCCAUCUUCCAUCAUACCACCUUAACACCAGGUUCCCUACUCCACCGUCGAAGGGCCACAGUCUCAAAAACAACACUGCACACGCAGCUCAAACGACUUCGCGAGACAGGCCGCUACGAUUGCUUCAAGCUGCAAUGGCAUGAGAUCUACGGGGACAAGUCCAUGUGGCCUGUCCCCUUCCAUCUCUUCUGGGACAGCGACAUAGCGAAGUGGAUCGAGGGCGCCUGUUAUUUUCUCCAUGAUGAGUUUGAUGCUGAGAUUGACGCUGCGGUGAGAGAUUUGGUCGACAUGAUUCGAGGGGCGCAGCAGAGUGAUGGAUAUCUGAAUGUUCAUUAUACUGUUGUUGAGCCGGGAAAGCGGUGGACGAAUUUGCAGGAUAUGCACGAAUUAUACAACGCUGGUCAUCUCAUCGAAGCAGCCCUAGCUCACCACCAGUACUACAAGAACAACCUUCUUCUGGAGCCCAUUGAGAAAUACGUCGCCUUGAUUCACAACACUUUUGGACCAGGCGAGAAUCAACUGCACGGAUACCCGGGUCAUCCCGAGAUCGAGUUGGCUCUGUUCCGCUUAUACCAAGUGACCGGAAACAAGGACGCUUACGACCUAUCCCGAUACUUCCUUGAAGAACGAGGGAACCACAAAGGUCAGCACGGACAGCAUUACUUCGAAUGGGAGUUGAAGCAGCGUGGCCAGAGUCUCUACCAUCGACCUGAUUCUUACCCCGAACACGCAUCUCACUGGUACUGCCAGGCUCACCAACCCAUUCUGGAACAACAAACCGUCGAGGGUCAUUCCGUACGCGCCAUGUACCUCCUCACCGCCGUAGCCGACAUGCUCUGCAUCGACAUAUCCGGCUCCCAGCCACUCUCCUCCCAAUCAUCCUGGAAGGACGCCGUCUACCGCCUCUGGGACAACAUGGUCACCAAAAAGAUGUAUCUCACCGGCGGUAUCGGCGCCAUCAAGCAAUGGGAAGGUUUCGGACGCGAUUAUUUCCUCCCCCAGUCCACCGACGAAGGCGGAUGCUACGCUGAGACCUGUGCGUCCAUUGCAGUCAUGAUGCUAGCUGAGCGACUGCUACAUAUCGAGCUCGAUGCGAAGUUUGGGGAUGUCAUGGAACUUUGUUUGUACAACAAUGUCAUGACGGCGAUGAGUCUUGAUGGAAAGGCGUUUACGUAUGUCAAUCAGCUGGGGAGUUCGGAGAGCGAUAAGAGUGUGAGGGAGGAGUGGUUUUGGUGUGCGUGCUGUCCGCCUAAUGUGACGCGUUUAUACGGGUCGUUGGGGGGAUAUCUGUGGGAUUUUGGGGAGGAGAAUGGGAAGGGGGCGUUUGUGAAUGUGCAUUUGUAUACGAAUGCCGAGUUGAAGUUUGGGGUUGGGGAGGGAGAGGUUGUUCUUCGGCAAGAAACGGAUUGGCCGUGGGAUGGACUCGUCAAGUUUCGACUUACGAGUCCCUCGGUGAACACCACGAUACGGCUCAGGAUUCCAGGCUGGUCCCGAAAUCAGUAUACUCUGGAUCCAAGGCCUAGCGAAGGUAGUGUUCAUUUGCACAAAGGCUAUCUCACGCUCGAUCCAGCUUACACAGCAGCACAUCCCGUCUUCUCGCUGACCGUCGGCAACUUCACGCCUCGAUAUAUCACUCCGCAUCCCUACACGAACCAGCACACUCUGACACUUGCUCGAGGACCACUGGUGUAUUGUAUCGAGGAUGCAGACAACGCAUGGGAGGACAAUCACUAUAAGGACGUUGGACUCAAGGCUGGUAGUGUGGUUAAGGAGGAGAGGCUGUGCAUUAGCGGGACGGACGAAGAGUAUAUUGCGUUGAAGACUUCGUGCUGGAGACGCAGCGGGAAGUUGGAUGAGGCGGUUUCUUCGCCCGGUUUUGUUGUUGAGGGAAAGGGUUCCGGGUUUGAUGAUGAGAGGGAGGGUGUAUUUGUGCCGUAUUAUCUUCGGGCUAAUAGAGGGGGAAACGGGCAUAUGAGAGUUGGGCUGCAUCAUAUACAGGGCUAG